GCGUUCCCACACGAGUGUGCACACACACAUACGCACACAAACACAGUUUUAUUGCCAGUGAGAACACUGACACAUUCAAAGGUUCCUGUCCCUCCUGAGUUAUUCAUCCACUAACAUGACUGGAAGAGCUGUUUUCCUGGGACUCCUGCUUGUUUGUUUGGCUGCAGAUGCAGAGGAGACGUCAGGACUUGUGAGAAAGCCUUCGUGUCCUAGCACGACGGAGAUCAUGGCGUGCCCUCUGAACCUCGCUCCUGUGUGUGGCAGCGAUGGAAUCACUUAUGCAAACGAGUGUACCCUGUGUGUCCAGAGACAAACAACCAGGAUGGAAAUUUUGAUCGUUAAGGAGGAGAACUGCUGAUCUGCACCGGAGGGGGCUUCACCAGGGACUCACCAGGAUCUGAUCCUGUGUCCAAUGUGGAUCUUUGACAUAACUGGAUCCAAACUGUCCUAAAGAUUAUCCUCUAAUUGCCAUGGGCAAUAAAAUAUGAUUCAGCAGUC